AAAAGGAGCUUUGUUGGUGAUGUCACAAAAGGUUUAUAAUAGACUUGUGUAAACUACACCAAUGAAGCCUGGUUUUCUAUACUCUGAAUUGGCAGACGUUAAUAAACCUAAAACAGCUGUAUGCAAAUUAGAUAUAUGGAUAUAUAUAUUCACGGCUGCGUCUGUAUCUGAAUACAAAGUACCUAAGGGGCGAACUGACCAUUUGAAAACUCGGGCACUGCCCGAGGGCCCGGGGUCAGUAGGGGGCCCCAUGAGAUGCCCCUGGUACCUUUUUCAUAGGCUUGAGUUUGGGCAAGGACACAGGGGCCCCAUGAUCCCCUAUUGCCCAGGGGCCCCA